CCGGAAUUAAUUCCUGAACUGUUUAAAUUAAUAAGGAAAUAUCAUGAAUUCGACUGAGCCGAAUGACAACAGUGAAGAGGAGGAGACUUCUAAUUUUCGAUUAUUGCGGAGCUGUUUGGGGCGUGUACUAUUUGUACUGGGGUUCUUCCUCCUGCUCAUCUUCUUGCUUUGUUCUGCUGUGUAUAUAGAGAGUUUACCGAUUUGGAAUCCAAUUUCUCUGCCAUCUCGAUGCAAAAUAGUGUCUAGCAGUGUGGAUAUUAGGUCAUCUAAAGUAUGUGAACUGGGACUGUUGAACUACAAAGCUAAAAAUGUACUUUACCCAUAUGAAAUAAAGAAGUUUCGAUGUCAUUAUGAUUACUACUGGGCAUCUGUAUUUAAGGUGAUUAUCUCUGAUUUUCAUAGCAUGCUAUAUUUUCUUGGUAGUCUACACUCCUCUCAUCUUAAUUCUUGAGAAUAUAUUAGUGCGAUUGUGCAUAUGCUAUGUGAGCAUUUGAGUAGGUAUAUCAGUAUAUGAUUCAAGAUCAACUUAUAGCUUUGCUACUUUAGAAGUAGAUAAUAGUCACUCUUUGACAUGCUCUUUCUACUACAUGCAUCCUGUGUCUAUGGUUUAUUCUGGGUUAAAUAUGACCCUGUACCAUACUGCACCUAGUAUCUGCAGUUGGGAAGGUUUAGUAAAGAUUUUCUAAGAACCCAAGAGGAUCAAGAUGUAGAAUGAUAGGACACUCGAUAUCAUUUUUGGAUCUUUGGAAAAUCCACCCUCUCUGAGAAAAAGAAUGUGUUGAAUAUAUAGAUCAUUCGGGCCAGUCGCGUCUCGCGUUCGCUGAAGCUCCUAGUGAAGCACUUCCCUCUGACUGUAGACCCAAUUUUAUUGCUGCUUGGCUGGCAAAGGAUAGAUUCAAGGUUAAUGAAACUUACAAGUGCUGGUACACGUUGGGAAUUUCUAAGAUUGACAUAUAUGAAGAUGGCUUUUUCGGUUGUCAAGCUAAAGAUCCAUCCAAUGUAGAGAUGUCCAUUCGGUAUAUUAUCCUGUGAGUAUUGAAGAAAGAAAUUUUCUAUCUGUUCUUUACUGGCAUAAAAAAGGAUUGAGAGUUGGAAAUUUUUACUGCUCCUGUUAAGUUUUUCAAGAACUUGUGUGCCCUUGAAGAAAGAUAAACAAAGUUUUUAUGUCUUCUGUCAUCUAUACCUAUUUGCAUUACCCCUCCUGAUAGUUAG